AUUUCCACUACAUAGCCCAGACAUGCAGCGAGAGGCAAAUAACACACAACAUAAUAUUGACAUGCUGAUGGACUCGAGGAUGCUGAUGAAGACGAUGAUAAUGGGAGAUGUUUAACCGCCGAGUCCUGUCUUCACAUCGGGACGUCUUUGAUCUGGAGCGAGGCGGAGACGGCAGCCACACCAUGCGGGGACUCUGGUGGCCUGUUGCUCACCAGCUCCUAAAACAGGCAGCAACAGUGACCUUGCCUCGCAGAUUUCUACCUGAAGCACGAAGACGUUUCUACAAGAAUGUGACAGUGGCAGGGAACGGAGGCAUCUAUGAAGUGAACUUGGAUCUCCAUAAGCUCAAAACUCCAAAAGGACACACCUUACAGAUUCCUAACUAUGGCCUCGCCCUGGCUGUGGCACAAGAAUGGGCGGUCACUAAAGACAAGAUUGUUCCCAGCCUUAUGCAUCUGACUGGCCUGUCCUACACUGUGAUUGACAAUCCAAACCAUGAGACCAAGUGGGACACAGUCCACAAGACGCUGGAGUACCUGGACACUGACACUCUCCUGUUCCGAGAGGACCAGGGUGAGGAGCUGAACACACUUCAAGCCAAGGAAUGGGGCCCAAUCUUGGAAUGGUUUAACAAAAAAUUUGAUGCAGACAUUAAGCCAUGCCCUGGGCUCUUUGGAGCAGACAUUCCUGACCCAGUCAGGGAAACCAUUAGGCGGUACCUUCUUUCCUAUGAUAUGUGGGCAGUCAAUGGUUUCCUAUAUGGGGUGGAAGCAUUGAAGUCUGUCAUCCUCACCAUUGCUGCUGCAGAACGCAAGAUUACGGCAGAAAAAGCUAGCUUUCUUUCAAGACUAGAACUAGAAUAUCAGUCAUCAGACAUGCCAGCCACCACCAUUCAUCCCCCUUGCCUUUCUACUCCACCACCACCACAACACCCAACACCCAACUACUGUUCCCUCCACCUUCCCACCUCUGACAAGCCUGGGUGUUGCAGACUUCCCGCUGGGGUUCGGUGGAGUGGGCGCAUGACCUGGACAAGCAGGAGGUCCUGGCCAGAUUCUCAGCGGCACUCCUGUUCAUUCACUUCAACACGUGGCAGGCCACCACCAAGCACAAGUCGAAGUAGUCAAUGUGUGCACAUCUGUCCUCUCACUCUCAUGCAAUGUGUAUAUUAAAAAAGUUGAAGAGCAUAUUAGAUAUGUUAUUUUUAUUUUGCCAACAUUUCUUAUAUAAUUAAAGAUGUUGACUUAAA